AUGAAUUAUAAAAAAGAUCUGAACAGUUAUUCUAUGUAUUCAGGUUUGUCCCACAUACUGCGCAACCGAUGGCGGUGUAUUCUUCGUACAACCACCGGACUGGUUCUUCUCCGAUUAAAACGGACCUGCGAAGAAUGGAUUUUAGCGCUUUCAUUCUGUAUUUGCUCACAUCUCAUUGUACAGUAUUCAUCAAAUGUUUGGUCAGGUUUUCAGCAUUCCAUUAACUCAACAUUUUGA